AAUUCAAUGGCAGAUUCAGAUUUUCUCCCUUUCUAAUUUCUUCUUCUUCAUCUUCUUCUUCUUCUUCAUCCUCUGUUGUAGAAUCGAGAGAUUUAUAUUUCAAUCAUUGGAGGCAGAAAAAGGAUAGGAGAAGAUUGCUGCUCAAUCACUUUUUGCUAUUUUCUGCAAAGCAAUUCUUCUCCUAUCCUUCAUUCUCUGCCUCUCAUGGACUUAUCUCCAAUAAGCAACUUAGGAGGAACCUGUAUGGGUGCCGCCCCUGUAGAAAAACUCGACAAACCCGACAAACACAAAUCCUCUUCUUCUUCUUCUUCCACCGGUCUCAAGAAGCUCUUCGUUCGUGCCAUAUCCGGUAAGGCUCUCUUCAAACACAAACCACGCACGCCUCUCGAAAUCAUCCGCCAGACCCGCGAACUUCUUCUUUAUCUCGAUGCCGAUUCUCAUGAAGACUCACAUAAGCACGCUUCCAAGAUGGCGGAAUUGAAUAAACUAUUGAAUGAGAUCAAGUUGAUCCUUUAUGGAGAUAGUGAAUCGGUGGCUAAUCCAGAUGCAUGUGCAUCAGUUACUCAGGAAAUCUUUGGAGAGGAUACAUUGCGACUGCUGAUUGUUUCUAUUCCAAAGUUGGAUUUAGAGGGCCGUAUUGACGCCACUCAGGUUGUUGCCAAUUUGCAAAGACAGCCGGUUCAGUAUCGUCUAAUUGCAUCUGAUUACUUGGAAGCUAACCUAGAUCUCAUGGAUAUUCUAAUACUUGGUUAUGAAGAUCCUGUUCUUGGUAUACACUAUGGUGUAAUGCUAAGAGAGUGCAUUCGUCAUCAGGUAGUUGCAAGGUAUGUUUUAGCAUCAGAACAUGUGAAGAAAUUUUUUGAUUACACACAACUUCCAAAUUUUGAUGUUGCUUCAGAUGCCUUAACUACAUUUAAGGAACUUUUGACCAGGCAUAAGUCAUCAGUUGCUGAAUUUCUAUCUAAAAAUUAUGACUGGUUUUUUGCUGAUUUCAAUUCGAAACUAUUGGAAUCUGCUAACUAUAUCACAAGAAGACAAGCAAUUAAGCUGUUAUGUGAAAUUUUGCUAGAAAGGUCAAAUACAUCAAUUAUGGUACAAUAUGUCAGUUCAAAGGACAACUUGAGGAUACUAAUGAAUCUUAUGAGAGAGACAAGCAAAUCAAUCCCAGUAGAUGCAUUUCAUGUGUUUAAGUUAUUUGCCACAAACCCAAACAAACCAGCCGAAAUCGUGACGAUACUAAUUGCAAAUAGAAGCAAGCUUUUGCGCUUCUUUGCAGGAUUCAAGAUUGACAAAGAGGAUGAGCAAUUUGAUGCAGAUAAAGCUCAAGUUAUGAAAGAAAUAGCCGAGCUGGAAGGGGUUGAAUCCUCUGGUGGGUUGUAAUGGUACUUUUUAGAUUACUAUUAUUAUUAUUAAUAUGUUUUUAUUCCCUAUUCUUGUGAUAUAUAAUAUUCUAUACUAAUUCAGACAAUAAUGGUAGCAGAUUUUGUGGACUACCUUAUUCUUAUUAUUUUGACAU